GUAUAUUGUGGAUGAAUUUGUUUAAGUUUUUUACUUUUUUUAUUUAAAUAAAAACUUUUUAAAAUAGACUUAUUAUGUGUUCUUAUAGAUAUUUUUUAUAUUUCGCUUACAUUGGAAAAUCAUUUCGAGGGUCUCAACGACAAAUAAAUAGAAAUUUAUCCAAAAUUGAUGAUCCUUUAUCCAUCCAAGGAAGAUUAGAGAUGGGUUUAAAAUUACUUAAUCCAACAAAUGAACCUAUAGUAAUCAUGUCUUCCAGGACUGAUGCCGGUGUUAACGCUUUUGGUAGUACAUGUCACGUAGAUUUAAUUAGAAACAAUGAAAUAGGCUUUGACCCUCCAACAAUAACAUUAUGUUUAAAUAAAUAUUUUGAAAGAGAGGAUGUUCCUAUUCGUAUCCUGAAGACAUAUAACGUACCGGAAACGUUUCAUUGUCGUUACAAUGCAUUAUCUAGAACAUACUUGUACAGAUUAAUAAUUGCUCCUGCAAAUGCUGAAAAUCUAAAUAUCCAUUAUCGUUAUAUCCCUAUUGAAGAGUGGAGAAGAUGUUUAUUUUUCUGCACUGACACUUUUGAUAUUGAAAAAAUGAAAGAAGGAGCCAAAUUAUUUGAAGGUUAUCAUGACUUUAGAACUUUUAUGGGAAAAAACAAACAACCGGGUUAUAAAUUGACUAGAAGAGAAGUAGAAUAUAUAACAAUUAAAAAAAUUGAAAGGCCUGGUUAUAGUUCCUACAGUUGGCCACCAUUUACUGAAACAGAAAAUUAUUUAUUUUUAGAUGUGUACAUGAAAUCUAAAGGCUUUUUAUAUAGACAAGUAAGAAAAUAUACAAUUUUUAUUCUAAAUAUAUUGAGGGGUGGGGCGCAAAUUAUAUUUAUAUCAUAUAUCUUUUUAUUUUUACAACGAUUUAAAUAUAUAUAUUUCUAAUAUAUAAAUUCUCAAUUGCCUGGUGCAGCUCCGUGAAAGCUGCGUUUAUUUGUGCAUGUGUAAACCCACCUUAACGAAACGUGACUAGUGUUGUGGUAACGUGUGAAUAACAAUUGGUAACAUUGAUUAAUGACAAACUUCCUUUCGCUAGAAAGUUCUCUUGAUGUGCGUUGUAGAAGAGUGGUAAAGUAAUAUUUUAACGUAUAGUUUUUGAUUGUUUACAAAGUCAUCUAGUUAUAUUGUGCAGGACAAGUAUCAUAUUCAGAAUCAAGUUCGAAGGACAGUUGCUGCGCUGAUCGCUUUGGCACGAGGUAAAAUUGAAAUUAGGGACAUAAAAUUUAUGCUAGAGGUGCCGUCUCGUUAUUCUUGGUAUCCUCAGAUAAAAAUCUUGCCUGCUUACGGUCUGUAUCUUUGUGAAGUUGAAUACGGGAAGGACGAUCUGGAUACAUUUAGGACCGAGCUGCCGUUAAGUACAUAGAUUUUAGUUUCAGGAUGGUCGGAUCUAGGGUUUACGUAGGUGGGCUGCCCUAUGGUACAACAGAGCGGGACCUGGAGCGCUUCUUUCGAGGAUAUGGGCGUAUGAGGGACGUUCUCAUCAAAAACGGGGGAGCGAGUGACGGUUGAGAGGGCCAGAGGCACCCCCCGAGGUCGAGACCAAUGGUCAUCGGGUAGCAGCCGAAGCAGCAGAAAUAAUGAUGACCACCGCUCCUCCUAUAGUGACAAGUAUGGACCCCCAACCCGCACCAACUACAGGUUGAUUGUGGAAAACCUCUCGUCCCGGAUCAGUUGGCAAGAUCUGAAAGAUUACAUGCGUCAGGCUGGGGAAGUCACAUAUGCAGAUGCUCACAAACAGCACCGUAAUGAAGGUGUUGUUGAAUUUGCUUCAUAUUCUGAUAUGAAAAAUGCUAUUGAAAAGCUUGAUGAUACUGAACUGAAUGGUAGAAAACUCCGUUUAAUUGAAGACAGAAAGACCAAGAGCAGACGUUCUGCUUCUUAUAGCAGUCGUAGCAGAUCCCGUAGCCGUUCAGCUAAACGUUCGAGGUCGCGUAGUCGUAGUUCUCGGUCAAAAUCCAAGAGUAAGUCGAGGUCUAGAUCACGCUCAGCAAGUGCUAAAGCAGACCGAGAAAAAUCCAAAUCUAGGUCUCGUUCAAGGUCCAAUUCUCGUAAGAAGUCAGAUCGUUCCAGGUCAAAUUCUAGAAAGAAGUCCGCUGAUCGUGACCAUUCCCGCUCUAGAUCCCACUCCAGGACACCAGACAAGCGCUCCCAAUCCCGCGAGGCUUCCAAAGAAAGAUCAGUUAGCAAGGAAAGAAGUAAAUCCAGAAGUCGAUCCGGAUCACCCAAUUAAUAUCGCUUCAUAUACAAGCUGCAACCUGGUUAUAGUGUUUGCAAUUUUAUGAGUAGAAUUUAAUAUACAAAUUUUAAUAUGUAAGCUCUAUAUUAAGUCAUUCAAAUAGUAGAUUUAAAUUACAGUAUAACAACUCAUUAUUUUGAAUUUGUUGAGUGGAAUAGUUGUACAGAGUGGUGUAACAAUUGAAAUUCUUAAGUAGGUACGUACAUGAAAAAUAAUUCAUUUUUGUAAAAAUCUGUUUACUUUGAGAAAUUAAAUUUUGCUCUAAUAAGUAUGGUAGAUUUUGUAUAAGUUACCCCACUUUUUUCCAUCUUCAGUUUUAUUCUGUGAAUAAAUAUUUUGAGUAAUUUAUUAGGGUUUUAUUAAAAUUUUAAUUAUAUAAAUAUGAAAUGUAUAGAAAUACGAAAUUUUAUCGAAAAAUUCAAUAGCAGCACUUGAAAAAAGACUUCAAAAUUAAAUAUAUAGGAAACAAGUUGGAAAAUAGAUUAGUUCUUGAAACUUCAAGGUAGUAAAAUAUCUUUCUUUAGAUUGCUCCACUUUUCAAAAACUGUUCAACAACUUUUUUUGGUUUAAUUUUUUUACCAUUUUUCUAGAUUAUUUACAUACAUUAUAUUUAAAAAGUAAUUAGAGUAAAAUCAAAUAGUUUAAUUUGUUUUUCUAUGGCAAAUCAGAAAACAUUAUAAAUGGUUUUAGAUUAUUUGAAUUAUGAAGAAUCUGUUCAGAAAAAGUAUGAAAGAGCUUCAAUGAUUUUUUAGAUACAAAUUCUCUUAAUGUUCCAAUUUCUGACUCUACAAUAAUAAUUCAAAUUACAAAUAAUAUGGAAGGUUGUAACUUGAGAAAAUAAUUUUAUAGGAAUGAUGAAAGGUAAAGAAAUGCUUUAACCAUGAUGUAUUCGUGUAGGAUACAUUUGCUGAUGAUUAAAAAUUAAUGAAUAAGAGUAAUGACAAUGGAAUUUGAAUUUUAUUUCAUUGAAUGACUUUUUGCCAACAAUGGAAAAUAUUGUCUCCGUCUAUUGCAACUCAUUUCUCUGCUCUUACAAUAACAUUUGUUAACAAAUCAGGUACUCAGUCUCAUCGCCUGAUUCCCAAUAUGAUGAGUCUGCGGUAGUCGAGAUGUUGAUGUGACUGGACUUUCUUUACGGAAAAUAUACUUUAGGUUUGACACUUAUUAUAUUGUUCUUCUUAUUGUUUCCCUCGGGUGGAUAUUUCUUUUUUUUUUAAUCAUUUUCAUUUUUUCAUAUCUUUAAUGAUAGUAUCUGUUAUCUCAUAAUCCAAAAUAGAAUGUUGAUAUUGGAGAGGUAUUCUCACUACUAUUGAGAUAUUUCAUAGUGAGUUUUGUAAAAAAAUUACUUAUUUUGAAAUAACCAGAUUGGCAUUAGCAACAAUAAAAUUAUAGGGGUAAACCAAUUUUUUUUAAAUUUGAAUACCACUUAUAUUAAAUAUUUCAUGUUUAUUUAAGGUAUGUUAAUAAUUUUAAUAUAAUUCAGAAUUCAUGGGUUCUACAAAUAUGGUUCUUACUUAUUCAGUUCAUUUUAUAUCUCAAGUAAAAUUUUCUGGAUUUGAUUUAUAAGCAAGUGGCAGUUGUAGAUUUAAUUUUUAUUUCUUAUACAGGGUGUCCCACGACGAGUUAAAACUAUCUGUACAAAGCAAAAUACUUAGUAAAAUCAUGAAAAUGUCUAUUUUGGGUUUUCGGAUAUGAUCUUUUUAACUAAAAUAUUUUCAAAGAUUGCCGACUUCCGGUUCUACUGUAACUUUAUUAUUUUAAAUAGAACACACUGUAUAUUAUUACAUUUUUGAAAUCUACGUAAAAUUUUAGUAUACAUUUGUUCGAGAAUUGCAUACUGUUCUGUUCGGUUGUUUUUAUCAGGGUCAGACGUAUUUGAAUCUAUGUUGAAAAAAAUUUCAUUUUAUACGGGGUGUGUAUAAAAUUUAGACCACACCUGCAUCUCUAAAAAUUCACAAAAAACCUUUAAUAUCUGGAUAACGGUAAGGUUUAGGUAUAGUUAACAUAAAUUUGCUGAAUGUAUCAAAAUAUAAAAAACUGGGUGGUUCUAUAUAAAAAAUGAAGAAAUUUGAUAUUUAUGAAGUUAAACUUUGGAACACUUUAUAUACACCCCGUAUAAAAUGAAAAACUUUUCAACAUACGUCUGACCUUGCUAAAAGCAACCGAACAGAAACCAUUUUCAUACCUUUAAGUGUAUCCUCGUGAAAAAUAAUUUAUAAGGAUAUGCAAUGGUCAAUUUUUUUACAAAAAAAAAUAAAACUCAAAAAGUAUGCAUUUUUCGAAAAAAGUUCGUAGGUAAAAUUAUACAAAAAUUUUACGUAGAUUUCAAAAAUGUAUUAAUAUACAGGGUGUUCCAUUUAAAAUUACAGUCGAUUUCCGGUAGAACCUUUCAAUAUCUUUUAGUUAUUAUAUAUAAUUUAAAAAAAUCGUAUUCGAAAACCCAAACGUAGUAAUGUUCAUGAUCAAGUAUUUUGCCAUAUUUUGAAAAAAUACCAGAAUGGUAUAAGUUUGUUCCAAUUGGUUCUUGUGUGCCAAGCUCAUUAGCGUCGAGCCCAUGAGUUUCGUGUAAACAGUGUAAUUAAUUGGGAAGCUUAAAAUGUCGUUUUCCAAAUUAUGACUGUUUCAUCUCAUAAUUCAUGUUUAGUUUAACAGUGGACACUAAAGUGGUUUGGUUUGUUAUAAACGAAAUUUCUAUUUGUUUAAUGUGAAACACCAAGGUAGGUGUUUCAGUAGUGGAAAUUCUUCAAUAGUGUUCAAGUAAAUACAUUCAAAAUCAAUCAAGUAUUUCUAGUAAACGUAUUAAGAUAAGUAUCGGUGUUUGGAAGUAUUCUUUAGGUUUUUUAACGACAAAAAAUUUUAAUUUUCAUGUGAAAUUUUCCUUCUUUUGAUACCUUUUUAAGAAAUCUUUUGACUUCUUCAAAGUCAUUUAACAAAUAAGUAACAUUUUUUAGUUUUACAUAUUUUAUUUUUUUAAUGUAUUUCAUUUUGUAGUAAAUCGUUCAAUAAAAACAAAAU